UCUAGACACAGCCUGUAUAUCUCUCUUUCUCCCCCAGCUCGACUGUGAACCAUUGAUAACUGCUCACUGAGUGUAAUUUUCCAAUCAGUUGUGCACCUAUUUUAUAGGCUAUGAGAACAUCAGACGAUCCAAAAAGGCCUUACUAAAGUUGAUAUGAUAUAUAACAUCUAUGGCUUUCUCUUGUCCGCAAGUCUUGUUACCUUCUCACAGAGGAUAAUAGAUUGGUUUGACAUGAUUAUUAACAAAUCCAGGUAGACUCUUACUUAUCACCUCUCUGAAAGCAUCUGCUCAUUGUGCAUCAGCAGUCAUAAAAACAAGAGUUUACCAUUAGGAAAGUGUUAGAAAAUAACAGAGAAAAUAUCAUCAUGUCCCAUAUCUUGAAAGUGUGCAGUUCUGGUCUUCCCGUCUCAAAAAAGAUAUUAGAAUUGGAAAAAGUUCAGAGGACAAUAAAAAUGACUUGGGCCGAAGUAUAGAAUGCAUGGAGCUGCCAAGCCAGAGGCACACUCCUCUAGCCCCAGCAACAGAGAGCUGUCGUGGUGGGGGAUGUGUAUGUGCCACUGGCCCCAGCAGCAGGGCCGGAUUAAGAAAGAGGCUUACAGCCCAGGGUUCUGGGAUAAUGGGGGCCCCUUAGCUCAGAACCCUGGGCUGCAGCCUGUAAAGCCACUAUGUUCUGGGCCAGUUCUUUGGGGGUGGGGGCAGGGAGAGGUGGCACCAUGUACUGCCAUUCCUUCCCUCCCAGCUGGAGCUGUGUCACUUUGAGCAUUUGGAAGUUCUGUCCCAGCAGCUCCUGUUGGCCAGGAAUUGCCAAACUGGAGCUGCUUCCUGGGUAAGUGGCCCGCACCCUAAUUCCCUGCCCUAGCCCUGAGUUCUCUCUACCACCCUGACUCCCUUUUAGAUCCAACACCCCAAGCUUGAGCCCUUUCCUGUACCCUAACUCCUCCCUAAACCCUUCACCCCACUCCCAUACUCCAAACUUCUCUGACCCACUUCCACCCCAGAUCAUCCACAUGCACAAUGAAUGUUAUGUGCACCAAUAUGGAGGUGAUGUGUUACACAUCAUCUCCAUAUUGAUGCACAUAAAGUCCAUUCCUCACAUAAAUGUAAAAAAUUAGAGGGAACACCGAUAAUGGGGGCUUCUAAAUGAACUUCUGAACAAACAGGGAACAUAAAAAUCAGGAACAGUCUUGUGGUUAGAGCUCUCAUAGCUGUAAUUCCAGUUUUCAUUGGAAAACCAGUUCCCAGGCAUGCAAUGCCCAGGGUAUUGUGAGGGAUUGGGAACGUGAUGAAUGUCAUGGGGGAGUUUGGGAAUGGCAUAAAACCCAAUUUCUGUAGUAGCUGAAGGGGGAGUUGGGCAUGGAUUUGUGCUGAUUGCAGGCUAAUGAGGCACUUCAAUAUCUCCCUUUGGUCCUCCAGAAGUUUUAUCAUCUGCUCCUACCCCCAUAUCCUUUCUUGCCUUUCCUGCCUCAGUCUCAUUAAUUGUCGCCCUCCAUGCUCUUGUUUUGCUAUGCGCUGAAUCUAUUGACUUCAGCACUACUCAAAACAUAUCCUUAUUCCUCCUGGGUCUGAUGCAGGUGCUCUUUUAGUGUGAAAAGUGUGUUCUCAAAGGGAAAUGUGCAGAAGGCAAAAAAAAAAAAAAAAAAGAACAGAGACAAUAUUGUGAGUGCACAAUAUGUGAAUCACAAAGUUACACCUCUUUCUCGCUAUCCUUAUAGCACACAGAUGGCCAUGAGUCCCAAUUAUGGUGAGUUUGUGGGUGGGAAAGGGCAAGAAGUUGCAAAGCAUGAUUUUCAAAGGGGUUAUUAGAGAGUAGGGAGCUUAUUUUGAAUAUUGGGACCCUAGGCUAGGGAAAUCAAACUUGAUAUCUCACUCCUCAGAGUAAUCUUGGAUGCAAAGAGCCAUCUCCUGCGUGUGGUUUCAGACUGACUCCAUAUGCUGCUUGUCUGUGUGCCACUCUGGUCCCUGUAGCAAUAAUUGCCUGUUGGCACGACAAAGCUUCCUGCACUGGGGAGAGUAACAAGGCAACAGAUUGCAGAGUACCUACAGGAACUCUACUGUGGUCCCUCAUAUAUGGACAGGCUCUUUUAAUUUCUGUCCCUUAUCCCUCCUCUCCUCUACCAUAUAGCAAAGUACAUGAGAGCUCAGUCUCCUCUCAACAUGCAGUAUUAAAGCAAAACGAGCACUUAAAAGCGCUCCCCUUUCCUGCAUCCUUCAUGCCAAAGCUAGAGUGCUGGGAUUAGCUAGAUUCUUCUGGAUUGUAAGAGAUGUUCUUCCUGUGGCACAUUUUUUUUCAUCAAAUUAAAAAUCAGUGGCUUCAAAUUAAUGCAUAAAUUCGCUGUUACUGCUUUAAAGUACUUUUGUUUAAAAAAUUGUCUUUCACUUACCCACAGAUUGUAUUCUAGGAACCUUUGUUAUAGAAACAAUAUAUGCAAAUUUUAGUCAUAUUUUUUUUUUGCUAGAGGAGUACGGAAAAGAGUGCCUCCCUGGCAAACCUAUCCAAACCAUGAAUUUUUAAACAGCUUAAUAAAAAAUUUUCAUAGCUUCAAGCUGUAUAACGAAUGCCUCAAAAAGUCCAGACUUAGCCCAAAAUUAUAAUCCAUUUUCUAUAAAACUUACUCAGAGAUACCAGAUUUUCACCAUUCGUUCCACUGUCACAAUUCUUUAACACAAUGUUAAGUGAGUUACCACUGUCCACUAAUAAUUGGACCUCCAUGGAUAUAGGCUCUUCAGAUCUAAAUUAGUGUGACUUUAUACCUCUCAGUUUGGCUAGUAUUAUGGUAUGAAGGAUUGUCUUCUGAUUAGGUAUUCAUGCCACAAUAUGAGUCUUAUGGAUAUCUGUCUCUCUAUAUAAAAAGUUUUUCCUGCCAUGCAACAGAAUGACAUCAUGAGUCUCUCUGGUUAUGAAAGUGGCCAGAGAGAGUGGGUUUGGCAAGUGUAGUAAGCAGGAGGCAGCUCCCUAGUAUCUGUAAUUAAAUAAAGCCCUGGACCUGAGUCAGAUUCACCUCCAUGGUAUCACCCAACCCAAGUUUACCCUUCUGUUAAUGAGAGGUAAUAUUUGCCUAUGUCUCUGGGUUUGACAAGACUAUAAUAAUUAAUAUGAUAACUUUUGGGUUUUUAGAACUGUUACCUUAUUUAAAGUAAAAUUCCACUUACAGCUGUGUUCAUUCAUCAUUGUCUCUCUUUCUUUACAAGCUGGCUACAGAAUUUCCAUCAGAAGAUAUUCUCUUAGUAACUGCUUCUCCAGUUAUAAAAUCAGUAACAAAUUUCAAACAGUUCCAGUCUCAGCAGAUUACUUUCCCAGUCUACUACUUUCCCACUCCAUGGUCUGGUUUUUUCCUCCUCUGCAUUUGAAAGAGACGGCUUCAUCCUCAAUGCUGGCCGGGUGCCAACAAAAGAGACUAUGCACCCCAGUGCAGAAUAGUUAUUACAGCGAAAGUCUGAGCACCCAUCGACCUGGGCUGGAGCAUACCAAGUUGCUUUGCAGGGAUGGUGCAUGCAGAAUCUGGUCACACAUAGGAGCUGUGAGAGAAUGGAUCAUGAUCGGUUGCUGUGUGGAAAUGACAUGUCUCCAAAACACUAGAGGAAUUUGAUGUUGAAGAACAACCAAGCAGUAUGUUAGAAAAACGGUAUCCCAACAUCAAAGUUAUACACUCUGCAGUGAAACAGCUGAAAAGUCAGGAGCAUAAAAUAUUCACUGAAGAUGGCAAACACUAUAUAUAUGAAAAACUUUGCCUAUGCGUAGGAGCAAAACCUAAGAUCAUUUUUGAAGGAAACCCAUAUGUAUUAGGAAUCCGGGAUACUGACAGUGCUCAGGCAUUUCAGAGUCAUUUGGCUAAAGCUAAAAGAAUAGCAGUUGUGGGAAAUGGUGGCAUUGCACUCGAAUUAGUGUAUGAAAUUGAAGGAUGUGAAGUGAUAUGGGCUAUCAAAGACAAAGCCAUUGGGAAUACUUUCUUUGAUGCGGGAGCAGCUGAAUUCCUUAUUCCAAAGCUAACGGCUGAGAAACUAGAGACAACAAUUGUUUGUAAAAGAACCAAAUAUACAACAGAAGGAAGUGAGAAGGAAGAAGGAAGCGUGGCAGCAACUGACAAACUUGGCAGUGCCUUAGGCCCAGAUUGGCAUGAGGGCCUACAUCUUAAAGGGGCUAAAGAGUUUUCUCACAAGGUUCACAUUGAAACACUGUGUGAAAUAAAGAAAAUAUACCUUCAGAAAGAAUUCAUACAACUUCAAAAGACCUCUUUGUCUUUUCCUGAAGAUAAUUCAGAUAACCAGAAUGCACACCCAGAUGAAGAGCUGUGGCCUGUUUAUAUGGAAUUAACCAAUGGGAAGAUAUAUGGCUGUGAUUUCAUUGUCAGUGCAACUGGAGUUGUGCCAAAUGUUAAGCCAUUUCUUGAUGGUAAUAAUUUUGCUCUAGGUGACAAUGGUGGUCUGAAAGUGGAUAAACAUAUGCAGUCUUCAGUAGCAAAUAUUUAUGCAGCGGGGGAUAUCUGCACAGCAUCAUGGGAACCUAGUCCAGUGUGGCAGCAGAUGAGGCUUUGGACCCAAGCUAGGCAGAUGGGAUGGUAUGCAGCAAAGUGCAUGAUAGCAGAUUCUUUAGGGGAAUCUAUUGACAUGGACUUCAGUUUUGAACUCUUUGCUCAUGUUACAAAAUUUUUCAAUUAUAAGGUGGUACUUUUGGGAAAGUACAAUGCUCAGGGUUUGGCUUUAGACCAUGAACUAAUGUUGAGAUGUACCAAAGGGCAAGAAUACAUCAAAGUGGUGAUGCAGAAUGGAAGAAUGAUGGGAGCUGUAUUGAUCGGUGAAACAGACUUAGAAGAAACCUUUGAAAACUUGAUUUUAAAUCAGAUGGAUCUUUCAGCAUAUGGGGAAGAUCUCCUAAAUCCAAAUGUUGACAUAGAGGAUUAUUUUGACUAAAAUAAAAACAUUGCUCUCCCUGCUU